AUGGCUGAUGGACGAAGAGGAAGAAUAUUUGGGAGAGAUGUGCUUGCAUCGGUUCGUUUAACAUCUAUUUCGCUGCCGACGGCUGUUACUCCUUGGCUCAAACUUUCUUCGUUCCACUGCUUUUCGAGGGAUGGAAAAAUGCAUCUGCUGCAGAAAGAAAGGUUAACAGGUAGGUCAACAGCAGAUGGACCGCAACUGAAAGGAAAAGGAAAGCAGAAAUGA